CGAGUAUAGUAGCAAAGAGAAAAUAGUUAAUUGCAAUGGAACCUGUUGCAAAGAGAGGCCGCUCCGAGAUGUGGGAGCACUUUAAUUUGAUUUCUCCUAACAAGGUCCAAUGUUUGGUUUGCCAUCAACAGCUGGCCUAUAAUAAUAACACCUCAUCCAUGCUGAGGCAUUUCCGUGCUAAGCAUGAGGCUGGCCAAGCUGCAGCGAGCAUCCGGGGCGAUAGAAAGGCCAAGAUUGAUGAGGCACUGGUGAACAUGAUUGUCCAGGAUUCCCAGCCUUUCAAGGUUGUGGAUGAUCAAGGUUUCAGAGCCUUGGUUUCCCUUUUGGACCCUACGUAUGUCCUUCCAUCAAGGCAGACCUUGAAGUCCAUGAUGGAGGCAAGGUAUCGUGAGGAGAAGCAGAAGGCCAAAGACAAGGUUCAGAAGGCUACUGCUGUGGCCUUGACCUCGGAUAUGUGGACAUCCAUCCACAUGGAUUCCUACCUGGCCUUCACUUGCCAUUUUGUGGAUGAGGAAGACAAGUUGGCGACUGUUUUGCUGGCAGUUGCUAAGUUUGGGGAGCGCCACACUGCAUCCAACAUUGCAACUGUGAAAGGGUCAAUUCUGGAAGAGUGGGAAAUACCCAAAGCAAAGGUCAUGUGCCUUACUACAGAUGGUGCCUCAAAUAUGCACCUCUGUAGUAGCAUCAUGGAGGUAAGGCACAGCCACUGCAUUGCUCAUGCCUUGAAUUUGGUGGUGAAGAAGGCCCUCAAACUAACCCCAGGUCUGGAGGAGGUGCGCACUAAGGCAAGAGAUAUUGCCACUUACUUCAGGACCAGCACUGUAGCCAGAGAGCGGCUUCUCUGCCUUCAAAACCAAAUGGGUGGUCCAACAAAUAAACUCAUUCAAGAGGUGGACACAAGAUGGAACAGCACCUUAGACAUGCUCCAAAGACUGUACGAGCAGAGAGAGCCAGUGGGUGCAGCCUUGGCCUCUCUUCAGACAGAUGUGGCACCAUUGACCUCCAAUCAAUACCACAGCAUAAGUCAGUGCAUUUCUCUUUUGGCCCCUCUCAAAGAAGCCACAGUUGAGCUUUCUGCCGAGAAACAUGUGUCAGGUUCGAAAAUAAUUCCGCUGGUGAAGAUGCUGCGGCACAUUAUUGCAACAAAACAAAGGCAGCUUACAGAUGAAAUGGCCAGAGAUUUGGCUAAACAUUUGUUAACCCUAACGUCUGAAAAGCUUGGGAAUUAUGAGGUUGCAGGACAGCAUGCUCUGGCCACUCUCCUGGAUCCUCGUUUUAAAACCAUGGGGUUUUGCAACACCACACACCAGCAAAAUGGUGUUAAAAAACUUAUGGCAGAAUGUGCCACUGUUAUAAGGCAAAAAACACCUGAUCCGGCACCCUCCGAUGAUCCUACCCCAUCAACUUCACAUGAUGCACCUUCAACCUCUGAUUCAUCAGGCCUGUGGGAGCUGUUGGAUGCACAAGUUUUGGAGAAGAGGAAGGUCAAAAGUGCUACAGCCAAUGCCUCUGUAGAGACGAACCGGUACCUUGCAGAGCCCAACAUUCCACGAAAUGAAGACCCACUUGAGUAUUGGGUCAAGCACAAGCAUGUGUACCCCCAUCUUUUUGUGUUGGCACGGAAUCUUUUGUGCAUUCCGGCCUCAUCUGUGCCAUGUGAACGCGUUUUUUCCAAGGCUGGGGAAAUAGUUUCCAAGAAGAGAAACCGACUAAACCCCAGUACUGUGGAGAAAAUUGUGUUUCUUAAUAAAAAUCGAUUUUAAUUUCAUGUCCCAUCCCACCCAACCCCUGUUCACAAGCACCUCCAUGUUCUUGCCCUUCCAUGUGUAACCUGUCCACAAGCACUUUCACUGCACCUCCAUGUUCUUGCCCUUCCAUGUGUAACCUGUCCACAAGCACUUCCCUGCCACACUGAUCUCUCCUCUGUAAAACCCUUGCCACAUUCAAGAAAUAGUUCAAAUAAGUCAGUAUGACUGCCAUAAACUGCACAGGCAUUAGGAAGCACUUGCAAUUAUUUUCAAUCUCACAUUUGUGUAAAACGAAGAUCUAUCUUCUGCUAGUAUGAUCACUCACACAUGCACAAAGCUGCAAACAAAGGUACAGAAAGACACCCAGACACAAUUGUGAAAUACACAAACAUGGACACAAUUCAUACGAGAAAAGCAGUAGUUUUAUUCAAAUAGGAAUCCACAUAUUGAUGACAUGAUUUAUUGGUUCAAGUUUUCAUAGUCAUGUUCAGCCCACAGAGAGGGAGGCAAAAUAUAGGGUGUUUGAAACAUACUGCACUACACGUUUUCAACAGCAGAGGUCAACCUAGAGUUUUAGAUGCAUUGAAUGAAUGAACCUUUUUCCAAUACAAUUGGAUGGAAAGCUUCACUGGUUCAUAAAGCUUCAC